CUGUUGAAGAUUUUAUUUGAGUGAGAUUUCGAUAGAAGCGGUACAGACCAGGAAUUCGAAGGUUUAAAAUGGGAUUCAUUACAAGAAUAACUCUGCUAUUGGUUCUUGUCGCUGCGGUCACCCCCCAAACGAUCAAAACGCUCGUGGACGAGUGCAAAAAGUCUGUUCCGAUCAGCGCCGAGCUGGAAAAGUCCUUCUUGGAGCUAAAAUUCCCACCGGAGGAGAAGACGACGCACUGUCUGUUCAACUGUAUCGGUGAAAUGCUGCAGCUGUUCGACUCCAAAACGGGGGCCAACCUGAAGAACAUUCGGGUGCUGCUGAUGGCGCACGAGGAGGACCUGACCGAGGAUCACCGCAAGUGCGUGGCCGAGGCGGAGAAGAAGGAGCCGGGCGAGGAGGAGUGCCUGAUGGCGUACCGGGUGUACAAGUGCUUCGAGGAGGACUUUGGUGCGGUGAUGAAGAAGGAGUUGGAAAAGGCGACGACGACGGAGGAGGGGGAGGAAUGAGGGGUGAUUUUUUGUUGUUGUAAUUUUUUGGAUGGUCAAUAAAAAUCAGCGACUUCAA